ACCACGAAUUGUUGCAAUUGUCGUGGCGAAAAAGAAAAAGUGUGCACGUCUCCCGGAAAAAAAGAGAGUAAAUGUAAAGGGACUUUGCAAUUAAUUUUGGGGGUGCUUCCGGUGUAAUAUGUAUAGAGGAAGUUUCAAAUCACACCUGUGGAAAAUCUUCAAGAGAAGUUUAGGUAUUGGAUUGGCAGCAGAAUUUGUUUUUCUCGCUGGUUCUUAUGCCGUCUGGCAUCGUAUGAAUACCAAUAGCGAAUUCCGGAAGUACAUGAACGAGAACUUCCCAUUUGCUCUCGAGGGAUUCUAUCGUGUUGGAGAAUUUCUGGGGAAGGGUGCAGAAAUCCGUCAGCUGGAUAAUUCCGAGUGGAAUAAGGCUCAGUCCAAGAAGGAUUGAUUCCACAUCUCUUAUGGCUUCAAUUUAUGUCUACGUAAAGUCAACACUGUGGUUGAUUGGUUGUUCAGCACUAGGGUAUGCCCUACUAAAAGUUACCGAACCCAAACAGGAUAAACUGCGUCAAAUUGGAGAACGUACUACCGUAGAUAGUUUAGCAGAGGAUAAACGUAAAACAGCUCUAGCUCUGAAGAAAUUACGUGAAGCCGUUGACGAUAAGCCAAUUUAUUUGAAGACAAGGCAGGAGAUUGAGGAGCAAAAUAGAAAGAAUUUAGGUCUUGAUAAGUAGUUACAAAGUGUGUGUGGAGCAAUGGAUGGAAAGGAUAGAAUAACGGAAUUUUUCAAUAGACGUCACAAGGAGAGGCAGACUAAUUUAGCUAAUUUGCAGGAAUUGCGUAGCAAGGAAGCCGCCGAAUAUGAGGGUUUGGAGUAUUUUGAGCAGGUUUUUGGUACGAAAACACGGGAGAUUCAGAAAAAUUUGAAUAAUUUGCAACCAGGCGAUAGAACGCAACUCACGGGGACUUUCAAUAAGAUCCUCGGGAGUAUUCAAGAGCUGCAAAAGUACUUGUCAACAUCGACAAUUUUCCUCACAGAGCACAAAAUUAAAACGUGUCAGGGCACGAUAAAUGACCUACAGGCGCAAGCGGAGGAGAAGCGCACCAGGUUGAUUCCCAAGAAGAAAUUUGGCUUUAAAUCCUACACAAAACCCGAAGUUUUGAUUGAGAAGAGUGAAAAUGGGGCAAAGAAGCCCCUUGAUGAGCUCGAUGGGCUGAAGGGGCGUCAGGUGUUUCAGUGGACGGUUGAUGGGAGGAGAAAUGAGGAAAUUCUUCUCGAUGGCUCAGCUACAAAUGGGCAGGAUAUCACGCUGAAUGAUCUGGAGAAUUGCUUGGUGCGUAUUGUGGGGCAUCCGGGAUCCAUUCAGUUGUCAAAACUGAAGAAUUGCGUGGUGUUGGCGGGUCCAGUGGCACGAUCUGUCUUUGCUGAUGAUUGCCACAAGUGCAAGUUUGUCUUUGCGUGCCAGCAAAUGCGCCUCCAUACCUCCCACACCUGUGAUAUCUACCUCCAUGUCACGUGCCGUGGAAUCAUUGAGGAUUGCGCCGAAAUCCGCACGGCAGCCUACAACUUCUCCUACCCCAACAUCCACGCGGACUUCCACAAUGCCGGACUCGACGUUGAGCGUAACAAUUGGCAGGAUUUGGCGGACUUCAAUUGGCUCUCACCCGAUCGUCCGUCGCCGAAUUGGAAGAAAAUGGAUCAGCAGGGACUCAUUGAGCACUGGGAUGCCUUCCUGGAGCAAUUCAGGAAGGAGAAUUCAAUACAUAGUCACGUGUAGUUGCAUUGUUUUUUUAAUCUCCACACCACACUUUGUUGCCUAAAUAAACAACUUUUAUUAAAUAAUUAA